AUGAUUAAAAAAGAGAGGAGCGUGUGUCAACAAACUCAGGCCCUUCUGCACAAGAAUUUUCUUAGAAAAUGGAGAAUGAAAAAAAAGAGCUUGUUGGAGUGGGCGAUGGUGCUGCUCCCGGGGCUGGCUCUCUGCCUCUUGACGGAGUUCUUCAGAGCUAUGCAUUUCCUGGAACAGCCGCCUCAGGUCCUGGGACGUGUGGAUGAGUUUAAUGACUCCGACCCGGUGUUGGUGGCCUACACCCCGGUCACUAACGUGACCCGGAGCAUCAUGGAUAAGGUGGCUGCAGCCUCCUAUAUGAAAGGAAGAACAAUCCUUGGGAUCCCUAGUGAAGACUCCAUGGACAGAGUAGGUCCAAGGAACAACUCUGAGAUGGUGGGAAUUGUGUUCAACGACACUUUCUCGUACCGGCUGAAGUUCAGCUGGGGACACAGAGUCCCGAUCGUGAGAGAGAACUUCGAGUACUCAGACCACUGUUUGGCUCUAGAGGAUGAAGCUUUCUGUCUCCUGUCCACAUACUGGGAAAGCGGGUUUGUGGCUUUUCAAACUGCAAUUAAUGCUGCAAUUAUAGAAGUCACAACGAAUCAUUCUGUGAUGGAAGAGUUGACAUCAGUUGUUGGAAUAAAUAUGAGGACACCCCCUUUCAUUUCUAAGGGAGAAAUUGUAAACGAAUGGUUUAUUUUUAUUUGUAUUAUUUAUUUCUCCCCUUUUGUGUAUGUUGCAUCAUUAAACAUUACAAAGGAACGAAAAAAAUUUAAGAAGCUGAUGACAGGGAUGGGUCUUCGACAGUCAGCAUUUUGGCUCUCCUGGGCAUUGAUGUAUGCUGGCUUCGUCUUUAUUGCAUCCAUUUUUAUGAGUCUGGUCAUAAAAUUAUUCCAAAUGAUUAUCCUUACUGGAUUCAUGGUGCUAGUCACGCUUUUCACUCUGUAUGGCCUGUCUUUGAUAGCACUGGCUUUCCUUCUCUGUGUGCUGAUAAAGAGACCCAUCCUGACCGGCGUGGCAGGCUCUCUCGUCACCGUGUUUUGGGGCUGUCUGGGCUUCACUGCACUGUACAGUCCGCUCCCGUCAUCACUGGGGUGGGCUUUAUGUCUGUUCAGCCCUUUUGCCUUCACUGCUGGAAUGGCUCAGAUUUCACAUCAGGAGUAUCACAUGAGUGCUGUUGUUUUCCCUGAUCCCUCUGGAGAGUCAUACACAAUGAUAGUGAUUUUCUUCCUUCUGGCAUUUGACACUCUGCUCUACUUAACAUUUACGUUAUAUUUUGAGCAUGUUUUGCCUGAUGAAAAUGGCCAGCGGCAUUCGCCACUGUUUUUCCUCAAGUCUUCCUUUUGGUCCCAACACAAAAACACUCACCGUGAAGUCUUCGGGAAUGAAAUGGAUUCUGAGCUCUCCUGUGAUGAUUCUUUCGAGCCAGUGUCUCCAGAGUUCCACGGAAAAGAAGCCAUAAGAAUCAGAAAUCUUAAAAAAGAAUAUAAAGGAAAGCACGAAAAAGUAGAAGCAUUGCAAGGCAUAUGUCUUGACAUCUAUGAAGGCCAGCUCACGGCAAUUCUUGGACACAGUGGAGCUGGUAAAUCCUCUCUGCUGAGCAUCCUUAGCGGCUGGUCUGUUUGCGCCGAAGGAUCUGCCACUAUUUACAACACCCAACUCUCUGAAAUAAUGAACAUGGAAGAAAUCAGAAAUUAUAUUGGAUUUUGUCCACAAUUUAAUAUCUACUUUGACUUUCUCACUGUGAGAGAAAACCUCAGGCUAUUUGCAAAAAUAAAAGGGAUUCCACCAAAAGCAGUGGAACAAGAGGUAAAAGGAGUUAUGAUGGAAUUAGACAUGCACAAUAUUCAAGAUGUCAUUGCUAAAGACUUAAGUGGUGGACAGAAGAGAAAACUCACAUUUGGGAUUGCCAUUUUAGGAGAUCCUCAAGCUUUGCUCCUGGACGAGCCAACUGCUGGACUGGACCCUUUCUCAAGGCACCUCAUUUGGAACUUCCUGAAGGAGAGGAAAACUAACCACACGAUUGUGUUUAGUACCCAGUUCAUGGACGAGGCUGACAUCUUGGCUGAUAGGAAAGUGUUUCUGUCUAACGGGAAGCUCAGAUGUGCAGGGUCGUCUUUGUUUCUGAAGCGGAAAUGGGGUAUUGGAUAUCAUUUAAGUUUACACAGGAAUGAAAGGUGCAAUACAGAGAGAAUCACAUCCCUCAUCACACAGCACAUCUCAGAUGCCAAGUUAACCGCAGAAAGUGAAGAAAAACUUGUGUAUGCGUUGCCCCUGGAGAGAACAGACAAGUUUCCAGAUCUUUGCAGAGACCUUGAAAACUCUUCCGACCAGGGCAUAAUGAAUUUUGGUGUUUCCAUGACAACUCUAAGUGAAGUAUUCUUGAACCUAAAAGGCAGAUCAGCAAUUGAUGAGCCAGACCCCGGUGUCGGCGGACCGGCGGGGAUCAAUGUGAGCCCAGGCUCCGGCGUGGAGUCUGAGGUCCAGCAGACGCUGUGUGCCCUUCCUGAGGCGAGAAGGGCCGGCAGCUCGGCAGCUCUGUGGAGACGACAGGUCUGUGCGGUGGCCAGACUCCGCUUCUUAAAGUUGAGGAGUGAGAGGAAGAUUUUCCUGUCCUUGUUAGUGGUGUUCGGAAUUGCUUUAAUCCCCACUAUCUUUGAGAAGAUCAUGUACUCAGUGUUUUUUCAUGAUGAUCGCUGGGAGUUUUCACCCGGAAUGUACUUCCUUUCUCUGGAACAGCUCCCUCAAACUCCUCUGACCAAUCUAUUGAUCAUCAACAAUACAGGAUCCGAUAUUGAAGACGUCGUGCAGUCCCUGAAGCGUCAGGGCCUCGUCUUGGAACUAGACGAUGCUGGAAACAGAAACGGCUCCGACGACCCUUCCUACAACGGCGCCGUCAUCGUGUCUGGUGGACACGAGGAUUACAGAUUUUCAGUUGUAUGCAAUACCAAGAGGAUGAACUGUUUUCCUGUUCUUAUUGGGAUUGUUAGCAAUGCCCUGCUUGGAAUCUUUAAUGUCACAGAACUUAUUAAGACGGAGAGUAGCACGUUUCCACUCGACGACCCAAGAUGGGCAAUUGGCAUUUUGGAUUUUCUUCUGUUGCUUGUUGUAAACUGCCUUUCUCCGUACAUUGGGAUGAGCAGCGUCAGCGAUUACAAACAAAAAGCUCAGUCUCAGCUACGGAUCUCAGGCCUCUGUCCGUCAGCAUACUGGUGUGGACAGGCCCUGGUGGACAUCUCAUUUUAUUUCGGGAUUCUUUUUUUGAUACAUUUAAUGUACUGCAUAUUUUUGGAAUUCACAAUUGUAUUAGAAUUCGUGUUUGCUCUGGUAAUUUGCGUGGCCGGCUGUGCGGCGUGUCUCAUACUCCUCACGUACGUGAUUUCAUUCCUCUUUCCCGUGGGAAGAAAAACUAACGGCUUUUGGUCUCUCAGCUUUUUUCUUAUCUCAUUAUUUAUGCUCAUCCUCCUGGGACUAACUCAUUCUGAAAAUAUUAUAAUUAUAUGUAUAAUUUUAAUACCUUCGUGCACUUCAAUUUUUUUUCUUUCCGAAAUGAUAGAGGUAAGCAGUUUUACCUAUUUUAUUUUUGACUUUGACCAUAUGAUCAUUUUUCUUUUUAUUAUACGGUGCCUGGAAAUGAAGUAUGGAAAAGAAACAAUGAGGAAAGAUCCAUUUUUCAGAAUCUCUCCAAGAAGAAGGGAAUAUCGUCCAAACCCAGAAGAACCGGAAGAAGAGGAUGAAGACGUUCAAGCAGAAAGAGUGAAAACGGCGAAUGCACUCACUGCUUCCAACUUGGACGAGAAGCCAGUAAUAAUGGCAAGCUGUUUACACAAGAAAUAUAAACAGAAAAAGAAAAGAUGCUUUUCAGCCAGAAAGACAAAAACAGCUGUUCGGAAUGUUUCCUUCUGUAUCAACAAAGGUGAAGUUUUGGGAUUGCUGGGGCACAAUGGAGCUGGGAAAAGCACUUCUAUUAAAAUGAUAACUGGAGACACAAAACCGACCGCGGGAGUGGUGGUUUUCAGUGGCAGUGGAACAGCUCAGAUGCAGCAGGCAGGAGACGGCUUCGGGCGCCUGGGGUACUGUCCGCAGGAGGACGCGCUGUGGCCCGACCUCACAGUCCGAGAACACCUGGACUUGUACGCAGCCGUGAAAGGCCUGGCCAAAGAGGAGGCUGCUCUCAGUGUCUCAAGGCUGGCAGACACGCUGAAGCUGCAGGACCAGAUGGCGCUCCCUGCCAAGGCCUUACCCGAAGGGGCAAAGAGAAAGCUGAGCUUCGCGCUGAGUGUCCUGGGGAGCCCAGCCGUGCUGCUUCUGGACGAGCCGACCACGGGGCUGGACCCCGAGGGGCAGCUGCAUAUGUGGCAGGCAAUCCAGGCCAUUGUUAAAAACACGGCGAGGAGCGCCCUGCUGACCACCCACUCCAUGGCCGAGGCGGAGGCCGUGUGUGAUCGCGUGGCCAUCAUGGUGUCCGGAAGGCUGAGGUGUAUCGGUUCCGUUCAGCAUCUGAAAAGCAAGUUUGGCAAAGACUACUUACUGGAGGUGAAGGUAAAGGCACUCACCCGGGUGGAGCCUCUGCACAUGGAGAUUCUCAAGCUCUUCCCCCAGGCUGCUCGGCAGGAGAGAUAUUCGUUCGUGAUGGCAUAUAAAUUACCCAUAGAGGAUGUUCACCCUCUGUCUCAGACCUUUUCCAAAUUAGAGGCAGUGAAACAGACCUUCGACCUGGAAGAAUACAGCCUUUCCCAGGCCACCUUGGAGCAGGUAUUCUUAGAAUUCUCCAAAGAGCAGGAGCUGGGGAAUUUGGAUGAUGACAUUGAUACGACAGUCAGAUGGAAACUUCUGCCACAGGAAGAGUCUUAA